GAUGGAGGCGCGCAGGGUCCGCCGGCUCCGCUCGCUGCUCGGGAGCAGCCGCUGUCGCCGUCACUACCGCUGGGCUCGGCGCGAUCGCCUCUGAAGGCGUCGGCUUCGCCCGCUCGGGGAGCAGCCCGUGGCGCGUGUCUUCUGAUGAUUUUGAAGAACUUCUCAAUGGCCCAGAUCUCUUUGAGAAGUGUUUCUCAAAAUUCUAAGCAUUGAGUUUUUCCCUGACUGAAGCUCCUUCACUUCCAGUAUGGAGAUGAAUCAAGAAAAACUGUGUACCAAUAAAGCUGAUGCAAGCUCAGAGUCUGCUUAUCAUUGUUCAGCAUGUCAUGAUGACGAGGAGUGGGGCAGUAGUAGCCGGGGUCGAGCUAAGUCCCGAAGUCUGUCUGCUUCACCAGCUCUAGGAAGCACCAAAGAAUUCCGGAGGACACGCUCCUUGCAUGGACCAUGCCCAGUGACCACCUUUGGACCAAAGGCCUGUAUGCUGCAAAAUCCUAAAACCAUCAUGCACAUACAGGACCCAGCAAGCCAGCGGUUGACAUGGAACAAACCUCCCAAGAGUGUCCUUGUUAUUAAAAAGAUACGUGAUGCUAGUCUGCUGCAGCCUUUUAAAGAGCUCUGCGUGUAUCUCACUGAGGUGAAUAACAUGAUAGUGUAUGUAGAAAAAAAAGUUUUGGAAGACCCAGCCAUAGCUAGUGACGAUAAUUUUGGACCAGUGAAGAAGAAAUUUUGCACCUUCAGAGAAGAUUAUGAUGAUAUCUCCAAUCAGAUCGAUUUUAUCAUAUGCCUAGGAGGAGAUGGGACCUUACUUUAUGCUUCUUCACUUUUUCAGGGUAGUGUACCUCCAGUUAUGGCUUUUCAUCUGGGAUCCCUUGGAUUUCUUACUCCAUUUAAUUUUGAGAAUUUUCAAUCCCAAGUCACUCAGGUUAUAGAAGGCAAUGCAGCACUUGUUUUACGAAGCAGGCUGAAAGUGAGAGUAGUAAAAGAGAACAGAGAGAAGACAACAAUACAGAAUGGAAUAGAAGAAAAUGGAGUAGUGUCUACAAAUAUAGAGAAAGAAGUGGGCAAACAAAUUAUGCAAUAUCAGGUUCUAAAUGAAGUUGUAGUAGAUCGUGGUCCUUCUUCAUACCUUUCCAAUGUAGAUGUCUUUCUAGAUGGACACCUUAUAACCACAGUGCAAGGGGAUGGAGUCAUUGUCUCCACACCGACUGGUAGCACUGCGUAUGCCGCUGCAGCAGGAGCUUCUAUGAUUCAUCCCAAUGUUCCUGCAAUAAUGAUCACKCCAAUCUGCCCUCACUCACUGUCUUUCAGACCCAUUGUUGUUCCUGCUGGAGUAGAGCUCAAGAUUAUGCUUUCCCCAGAUGCCAGGAAUACAGCAUGGGUUUCAUUUGAUGGAAGGAAGAGACAGGAAAUAUGCCAUGGAGACAGUAUUAGCAUCACUACCUCUUGCUACCCUCUUCCUUCAAUCUGUUUCCGAGAUCCUGUGAGCGACUGGUUUGAAAGUUUGGCUGAAUGUUUACACUGGAAUGUUCGGAAGAAGCAAAAUAACUUUACUGUUGAAGAAGAAGAAUUUUAAGUGUCUGCAUCUAAAAAUACUCAUGGGAAUGGAAAAUGGCAGUAUCCCUUCUGUUAAAAUAUCUGGGUUUUAAGUUUUUGGCUAACAUGGAUGGAGACCAAGACUAACAUAUACAGUGAUGUACCUCAUAGUAGUCUGAUCUGUUGAUGGCCUGAAGUCAUUGUGCUAUUUUCUGUCCACCAGGAAAAGGAAGAAAUUAGAUUAUUAUUGUUGUAUUCCAGAUUUAAUUUCCUUUAAAUUUGAAAUUUCAAAAUGGAUUAUUUCUGAUGGCAUUGACAAGCAAGUCUGUAGGUUUGAUUGUAACCAAUAACUUGCCAAUAACAUGCUAGACUGCAUGCAGAAGCGUAAUAGAAUAGCAGCAUUAAAAUAUCUAAUUUGGUAUAUUUACUAUUCCAUUUGUUAAGAUUUUUUUUCUGGAUAUAAAACCUUAAGAAGUUUUAUUUUAAAAGAGGCUUUUUGCUGACUAAAUAUAUCUUGCUCAGAAUGCCUUCCUGUCAAGGCAGCAUUUACAAUACUUUCUCUGUAGUCGCAAACAUGACAAACUGUGAAGGAACAUGCAGGAAUGUAUUUUCUCUGAAUAGAUGGGACUAGUUUUAAAAAAUAAGGGAAAAAAAAUCUCUUGUGCACAUCUGAUUGAAAAGUGUUUGACCCUUGGCUGUCAUCACUGUAUAAAUAUCCACGAAAAGCAUGGGCAAGUGUUAGUUUGGGCUGAGUUGGGGUUACAGGGAUUUGCAUUUUGGUAGUAGAGCUAAUUUGUAGCUCUGCGGUUUCUGUUGGUGAAUUGUCAAUGUGUUUGAUUUUGUACUGUUUUAUUAUCUGGAACAAAUGGUAAUAUUAGAGACUACAGAGUUAAAACAUCACCAGGUGCUCAGGCAGAGUUUGGGCUUGAAUUACAAUUACCACUAUAUUGUCUAGGUCCACUGUCUUGAAGAAAAACUACGUCCUCAGCUAUCCUGAAUGCCUUCAACAUUCACAGGUGUCACAGCUUUGGGUGCUUAGUACUGCAGAAGGGGAUACUGCGGUGGUAGGCUGAUGAGUGGAGAAUACACAUUCCCAGUAUAGUAGCAAUGGUGCCUUCAGCACACGCAACAUAUUCUAAGUCUCGUAUGUACUUUUUUAAGAUGCUUUCAAAUGUUCCUAACUUCUCAAUGUACAUAUUUUAUUGUACAUGCUUUUAUUAAAAAAAAAAACAGUUUGGAAAAAGGGCUUGUACUGUAUGUUAACUGAAAAAAUGUAAAGCCCAAGUAUAUUGUUUACAUUUAUGUUCUUUGUGGUGCAGUCUCAUGAUGAUACUAUCCAAACUGUAGCAUUUCCAAAGUGUUGCUGUGUUGGCCAUUAAAGGAGUGGAUAUUAUCUGUUAUAUACAUGGCCAACACCGUAGUAUUGGGGAGGAGUUAAUUUCUUACUGAUUAAGUUGGUAAUUCCUUACAAGGGGAUUGAGAAGCUCUGUUGAACUCUUCAUGCUUGUCUUGAGUUAUUUGUGUGGUCCAAGGCAGUAAAGGGAAAUGUGUUGAUGAAUGAACUCUGAAUAACCUACUCUCCUUGAUGGUUUAUGAAUGUCUCUUCCUUUUUGGAUGCUGCCCUAGUCUGUCUAAUUUUAUUAAAUCAAGAUGAGAGUCCUUUUGCAUAAAGCAGAAGCAAGCUCUCAGGGAUACAAAUCACAAUGAAAUUGUGUUACUAUAAUACUCGGUUUGCAAAUUUUGUAAAAUAGAAUGUUGGUUUAAUUUAGUCUAAACAGAGAAAUUUUAUGAUAUCUUGGAAAUUUUCAGAUAGCUUUUGGUAUUUAUCCUUCACUUCAGUCUGCAGUACUCUGUAAACUGCUUACGGGUUUUUUAGAUGGAAUAU